AUGUUCUUGUAUUACUUUUAUACUUGAAGAAAUUUAGUAGUAAAGAUUUCCUUACACGCAGUUCUUGCAGAAUGGCGCAUAGCUGUCGUCUGCUCUGUGGGUUUUUAAUGAGCUGCAUCGGCUGGACUGGUAUUAUAAUCGCGACCUCAACAAAUGAUUGGGUGAUGACCUGUAAAUACGGCAUGCACACCUGCAGGAAGAUGGAUGAGCUGGAGACGAAGGGCUUGUGGACAGAGUGCGUCAUCUCGACCGCUCUUUACCACUGCAUCUUACUCAACCAGAUCCUGGAUAUACCUGCUUACAUCCAGACAUCUCGCGCUCUGAUGGUCUCCGCCUCUUUGCUCGGUCUGCCCUCUCUGGCUCUUGUGCUGGUGGCGAUGCCAUGCGUCAAACUAAGCCAAGAGACAGAGGACACUAAAUGCAAACGUGCAGUCUUGGGAGGGCUCCUUAUGCUGUUAAUAUCUCUAUGUGGAAUGGUGUCAACUGUGUGGUUCCCCAUUGGUGCACUUCAUGAGGACGGUCUGAUGUCAUUCGGGUUUUCACUGUAUGCUGGCUGGGUCGGUUCAGCCCUUUGUUUUUUUGGCGGCUCUGUGAUGACAUGUUGUUCACGGGCCGACGGUCUGACCCAGAAUUCUGAAAACCGCUUCUACUACUCAAAACACAGCACAGUGGAGUCUGGCCCUCCACUAAACAGUCAUGCCAAAAGCGCACAUGUUUGAGAUUGGAGACACACACUGGAUAAGAAAGAGUUCAGGCUUAAAUGUCAAGAUGGGUUUUGGGCAGACAUAUAUACAACCUCACACACCUUUGAAAUAUGUGUGGAAUUUGUUUUCCACUACCAUGGUUUGACUACAACCAUGUGCAGAUCAGGAGAGAACAGAGAAUUUGGUGGAAACUGUUAUUCUUUUUCCUUUCCUCUUUUUUUUUUUGUGCUAAAACUCUAAGAUGCCUGAACAUGAAAGGCUUUGUUUAAACAGACAUUGAAAUCAAUCCAAAGAGAAUCACAGGUCCAUCUUUCCUCAGCAUAUU